CUCUCAUCGGACACACUUUAACAAACUCUCAACAGACUUCCGAAGAACAUUACCAGCUGAAAGGAGUAUAUAGAAAUGGAGGACCAGAUGGAAAGCCAGAAGAGAAGACAAGAAAGCAAAGAUGUUUUAAUCUCUGAACGGACAGGGUCUUUGGGAUGCCUUGGAUGGUUUAUAGUCAUUCUCUCUGGAUUUUUCACAGUUCUUCUUUUUCCCAUCACAGUCUGGUUCUGUUUGAAGAUUGUUCAGGAGUAUGAGCGAGCUGUCAUCUUCAGGCUGGGCCGCAUCAUAGACAAGAAACCCAAAGGACCAGGAAUAUUCUUUAUCCUGCCAUGCACUGACUCCCUGAUUAGAGUGGAUCUGAGAACUGUUUCAUUUGACAUUCCACCACAAGAGAUUCUAACCAAAGAUUCAGUCACUGUUAGUGUGGAUGGCGUGGUGUACUUCCGGGUCAGUGACCCCAUCGCUUCCGUGGCCAAUGUGACUAAUGCCGACUUUUCCACCCGACUGCUGGCACAAACCACCCUCAGAAAUGUCCUGGGCACCAAGAACCUCGCAGAGGUCCUGUCCGACCGGGAGGGCAUUGCUCACAGCAUGCAGUCCAAUCUGGAUGAAGCCACAGACAACUGGGGAAUUAAGGUGGAGCGCGUGGAGAUCAAAGAUGUGAAACUUCCACAUCAGCUCCAGAGAGCCAUGGCUGCAGAAGCAGAGGCAGCACGAGAGGCCAGAGCAAAGGUGAUUGCAGCAGAAGGUGAGAUGAACGCAUCCCGCGCCCUAAAGGAGGCGUCGCUCGUCAUUGCAGAGUCUCCAUCAGCUCUGCAGCUUCGUUACUUGCAGACUCUCAGCACCAUUGCAGCAGAGAAGAACUCCACCAUUAUCUUCCCAUUACCCAUGGAUGUCAUAUCUCACUUUAUGCGAAAGUGAACUUGCCUCACCAAAGUGAAGUGGACUUUAUAAGAUAGGAUUUUAGUGCAUUUUAUGUUUUACAUGAUUCAUCUAUAAUUCAUUGUAUAUUAUAUUUAAUCUGUCCUUUCCCAAUGUCUUGGUUAAAAUCACUGGUUAAAUUCUCCCUUAGUAGAUUUUGUUUUAAUGUAAAUGUUUAGAUAAGUGGCAAAUAAAGCAAUGCAUGGAACUGUAAUAGAAUAAAACAUUGUAGUGGUUCCAAA